UCGACCUGGAAAAGAAUGACGAGCGCCAUGUCUGAUCCUCCGCUGGCGGACUAGCGCCGACGGCGGCGAGAGACGCACUCGGUCUCCGGCGGAAGACCACCGCCACCAGCGGUGCUCUUGCUGGUGCACCGCGGGGGGGCAGGAGAGGGCGGACGAGGCGGGAGGGGGGUCGCUCCCCCUCCGUCGGGGUCGGCCUUCGCCGCCGAGAGGCACCAUGGCCGACAGCGCGGGGAUUCAGCAGGGCUCGCCGGCCAUCGGUGCCGCGGGCUCGGCUCCGGCCGCCCCGGGCCUCGGAGGGGCUGAGGGCUCUGGCGCCGCCGGAGGCUCCGCGCGCAUCAGCGUCAAGAAGGCGCAGCUCCGCUCUUCGCCUCGACACAAGAAGCUAGAGAAGCUCGGCGUAUAUUCGUCCUGCAAGGCAGAGGGCGCGUGCAAGUGCAACGGCUGGAAGAGUCAAAACCCGCCGGCCACGCCACCGCGCAGCGAGCAGCAGCCCGUCGUCGGCGACCUGCGCCAACUUUGCCGCAGCUGCUCGCACGCUUUGGGGGAUCACGUGAGCCACCUGGAGCGCGUCCCCGAGGACGAGAUCAAUCGUUUGCUGGGCAUGGUGCUGGAUGUGGAGUACUUGUACACGUGUGUGCACAAGGAGGAGGACGCGGACACCAAGCAAGUGUACUUCUCCCUCUUCAAACUGCUGAGAAAAUGCAUCCUUCAGAUGGGCAAGCCCACACUAGAAGCACAGGAGAGCCCGCCCUUCGAGAGACCCAGCAUCGAACAGGGCGUCAACAACUUUGUCCAGUACAAAUUCAGCCACCUGCCGUCCAAAGAGCACCAGACCAUUGUGGAGCUGGCCAAGAUGUUCCUGAACCAGAUCAACUACUGGCAGCUGGAGACGCCGUCGCAGAGGCGGCAGAGACUCCCCAACGAUGACACGGCCGGAUACAAGGCCGACUACACCAGGUGGCUGUGCUACUGCAACGUGCCUCAGUUCUGCGACAGCCUGCCGCGCUACGAGACCACACGGAUCUUCGGCCGCACGUUGCUGCGCUCCGUCUUCACCGUCAUGCGUAAGCAGCUGCUGGAACAGGCCAGGCAGGAGAAAGACAAGCUGCCGCCCGAGAAGAGAACGCUCAUACUCACGCACUUUCCCAAGUUCUUGUCCAUGCUGGAGGAGGAAGUCUACAGCCACAGCUCCCCCAUUUGGAACCAAGACUUCUUGGUAGGGGGUUCCGGGGGUCAAAUUCCCAUCCAUACAGUUAUCAGUGCGCCCCCCGUGGCCAGGCCCUUGUACUACACCAUCAGCCCGGCAUCAUCCGCGGACCUCUCGAGCGGAGCCGUCAGUCCGGCCAGGAAAACAUCAACAGUUCUCGAGCCAAAUCCGGCAGCGGGCGAGAAGCGCAAGCCCUCGGAGCCCCUCCCACAAGAGGAGAACAAGAGGCCCAGGGUGGUGGGUGACAUCCCCAUGGAGCUCAUCAGUGAGGUGAUGGCCACCAUCGCAGACCCCGCCACUGUCCCAGAGACCAGCCUGCUGUCGGCCCACUCGGCGCGCGACGAGGCGGCCCGCCUGGAGGAGCGCCGAGGCGUGAUCGAGUUCCACGUCAUCGGCAACUCCUUGAACCAGAAGCCCAACAAGAGGAUCCUUAUGUGGCUGGUGGGCCUGCAGAACGUCUUCUCGCACCAGCUGCCUCGCAUGCCCAAGGAGUACAUCACGCGUCUCGUCUUUGACACGAAGCACAAGACGCUGUCGCUCAUUAAGGACGGCCGCGUCAUCGGCGGAAUCUGUUUCCGGAUGUUUCCUUCUCAAGGCUUCACUGAAAUCGUUUUCUGCGCCGUCACCUCCAACGAGCAGGUCAAGGGGUACGGCACCCACCUGAUGAACCACCUGAAGGAGUAUCACAUCAAGCACCACGUCCUCAACUUCCUCACCUACGCCGACGAAUACGCCAUCGGCUACUUCAAGAAGCAGGGUUUCUCCAAGGAUAUCAAGGUGCCCAAGGCAAAGUACGUGGGCUACAUCAAGGACUACGAGGGAGCCACGCUCAUGGGCUGCGAGCUCAACCCCAGCAUUCCUUACACCGAGUUCUCCGUCAUCAUCAAGAAACAAAAAGAGAUCAUCAAGAAGCUGAUCGAGAGGAAGCAGGGCCAAAUCCGCAAAGUCUACCCGGGCCUUUCGUGCUUCAAGGACGGCGUGAGGCAGAUUCCCAUCGAGAGCAUCCCCGGCAUCCGUGAAACCGGCUGGAAGCCGCUGGCCAAAGGGAAGGACGUAAAGGACCCCGAACAGCUGUACGGCGCGCUCAAGAACAUCCUGCAGCACGUCAAGAGUCACCAGAACGCUUGGCCCUUCAUGGAACCCGUGAAGAAAACGGAGGCGCCGGGCUACUACCAAGUCAUCCGCUUCCCCAUGGACCUUAAGACAAUGAGCGAGCGUCUAAAGAGUCGCUACUACACCACGCGCAAGCUCUUCAUGGCCGACAUGCAGCGCGUCUUCACCAACUGCCGCGAGUACAACCCGCCCGAGAGCGAGUACUACAAGUGCGCCAACCUACUCGAGAAGUUCUUCUACACCAAGAUCAAGGAGGCCGGCCUCAUCGACAAGUAGCUUCCGUCUUCCGUCACCGUCCGGUUAAAAACGCAGCGGCAGCCGAGCCCCACCCCCUAACCCCUUUUGCUCUACAUGUAUGAAAAUUGUACCGUAUUUUCCACACUAAAAGGCGCAAUUUUUUUUCAUAUAUUGGACGCACUGGAAUUGUAAGGCACAAUCUACAAUGCAUCCACUAGAUGUAGCUACGCGUUUAUGACCGCCUCUGAAAAAUGUAAAUUAACGUUUACUUCAAUGAAACUACGGAAAUUGAAAAUAAUGCAUCAAAACAGAAAAUCAAGCGAGGAACUCACAAAAUAAAUUCUGUAGCCCCCCCCCCCCUCCCUUGGCAUUUCCUAAAGUGUAGCUCCAACAGAACGAGCAGCUGUCAGUAACAUGUCAGAGACUGGACUGUCUCAGAAGUGUUUGUUAUUUAUUCCUUUGUUGUGUAUUCACAAACGAGGAAAUCACAAAAAAAAUCUGUAGGGGGGGCUACAGAAUUUAUUUUGUGAUUUCUUCACUUGAUUGUCUCUUUUGAUGCAUUAUUGUCAAUUUUCGUAGUUUCAUUGAAGGAAUCGUUAAUUUACGUUUUUCCGGGGCGGUCGUGAACGCCUCUCGAGUCGAACGAAAGAAGAGAAGGCACGGAUACGGACAAAGACGUAACCGUAUUUGUUGAGACUGAAAACCAUUAAUAAAGUGUGCGUUUUUAAAAAAACAACACCACAGCUCUCAUUUUUUCCGAGCUGCAACAAAAACGUAUUCAAUAAAGCGACACAGUUCGCUGAACCAACAGCAAGUUAUAACAUUGGAAGCAUGUCUCCGGCAGGGAGCCAUCUUGGGGUCGACGUAUUACCGCAAUGACCAUACACAAGGCGCACCGGCUUUUAAGGUGCGCUGUGAGCGUUUAAGAAAAUAGAAGACUUUUCGGUGCGCCUUAUAGUGCGGAAAAUACGGUACAUAGAGUGGAUUUUCUUUCAUGUAGGGCAGCCGCGUGACUAUCAAAAAUUGCACUUUUUAUUCUCUUAGCCCAAGCAUUUUCCUUUCCAGACUUUUGACUGCUGUUUAACUAAUUCAACUAAGUCUUAAUUUAUUUUCUCUCAUGGUAAAUAUAUAUUUGUGCUGCGGAUAGAGAUUGAUAACUUUAUACUUUGUGCAAUACUGUGUAGCUUUUCUGUUUUGUAUAAAGGUUAAAAAAAUGGAAGAGGUGAUCUUUGGACAGUUGGUUUUAACGACACAGUAUUAGCCGCUUUUAUAGAUGGAAUAAAAUGGAAAGGCGUGUUCUAAA